GCAGGAAAUACUGAAUACUAAUGUUAUUGUGGUAGUUUAAAGGAGAAUGAAAUUGGUAAUGUAAUUGGUUUGUGUGUGUGCCUGCUUGUAUGCGUGUUUGUGUGUAUGCGUGUGUGUGGUGUGUGUGCUGUGCAUGUGUGUGUGUGUGUGUGGUGUGUGUACCCUUCCCUGCAGGAUCCCUCCCAACGUGCGUGACAUAGUGUACUGUACAGGCGUGUCUCUGAUGGAUGAGGACGUGUGGGAGUUCAUCUGGAUGAAGUUCCACUCCACAACAGCCAUCUCAGAGAAGAAGGUUCUCCUGGAGGCUCUCACCUGCAGCGACAAUGGCUUCCUGCUCAACCGGCUGCUGAAUCUUUCUCUGAGCUCAGAUUUGGUCCCAGAUCAAGAUGUCAUCGAUGUCAUCAUCCACGUGGGAAGGAACCCGCAUGGAAGACACUUAGCCUGGAGGUACUUCAGGGAGAAGUGGGACAUCUUGAAUUCACGGUACGGAGAGGCCUUAUUCAUGACUUCUAAGCUAAUCAGUGGGGUGACUGAAUUCCUAAACACAGAGACGGAGCUGAAUGAGCUGAAGGAGUUUAUCCAGAUCAGUGGAGGUGGAGCGGGGCCGGCGUUGGCCCGGGCCGUGGAGAUCGUGGAGGCCAACGUGAGAUGGCACAGUCUCUACGAACGCCAGAUCUUCCAGUGGCUAAGGAAGUCUCCCAACGGUUAACACACAGCCAACAGGGUUCAGCCCAAGCACGGCAUCUCUCUGACACUAUUACAGACCCAACAACAUCAGGCGGAGAAAAAAAAUAUCCGAAAAAAACAGUUUCAACAUGAAUAUGUUAAUUUGAAUUGCAAAAUAAGACAUUUCCCCGCCUUCCCCCCCCCCAAAAAAAAACUUGAUGAGAAAGUGACUGGAAAACCGGAGAGAGAGGGAACAGUGAAGACAGACGACGUGAUUGGCUCAGAUGACCUUAGUCUGACCGGCCGUUUGGAAAGUGGAUUUGAUUAGGUAUAAAUAUUGCAUGGUGGCUUUCAUCUCCAGUGACUGUUUUCUUUUCAACGCAUGGUUUUCACCCCUCUCCUCUGAUUGGUUUUCCACUAAGCUGACCCAUGUGACCUUUUCAAUGACCUUUGAACCUCCGGUCAACUCUUUAGUAGCCUAUGAGGAGAAAGACAAACUAGAGCUACAAGAGGCACGGGAAGAGGACCUGGCGGCUUUAUGAUACAACUGUGACAAGCACAAGUAUUAUAAUUUUUUUGUUCAAUGAUGACAAUCAUUAUUUUGAUUGGGAAAACAACAAAAAAAACUAAUAUAAAUUAUAACGAAAUAAAAUAAUAUGUGUACCUAAAUGUUUUGGACCUUAAUAACCUUCUCUUUUGAGCCAUACUGAGGUGGAACAUUUAGACAGGGGGGCGUGGCGGCUGAAGUGAUGUUCAUUGUUGUGCGUGGUGUGUUCCAUAAUAACUUAUCCUCCUUCCUCAGCCAAUAAGGUUUCCCUAAAUGACAUUACUUCCUCAGCCAAUAAGGUUUCCCUAAAUGACAUUACGCCAGGGGGAGACUCUGCAGAACCCAGGAGGCAGGUUGGAAGCAGGAACAAGGGGACUCCCCAUAACCCGAAGGAGUCACUAUUGAUUAUUGAUCGAUUAUCGUUAAAUUACAUUAUUUCUAUUUGCUUGUUGCACCGGAGUGUCCUUUGGAUUAUACCGUCUUGGUGUUUGAGUGAAAAUAAAAAAUGAAACUGUUGUGAGUUGCAGGUUGAUAUUCUGUGUGCAAAAUGGUCCACGUUGCUGAUGGGACUGAGAGCCAGUGGAUACAGUCUGUGUGAGCCGCGGUGUAGUAAUGCUGACAUAUAGAAACUUACGUUGUUUUGGUCAAACGUCAUGCUUGGGUUUUCAUGUGCCGCUAAUUACUUCAUAAAAAAGUUUCACUCAGAAACCGUAUUUAAGCAAAAGCAGAGGAAAUAUGCUACAAUAUUCCCGACAGAUAUUACUAGUUUUGUUGCUACCCUGCAAAGCCCAGUAAACUUAACAGGCCGAUGCUAACAGCUAGCUGGAUAUACUCUGUGGACUCGUUUCAUGAAGAAUAGAACAUAAUAAUGAGUUUUUACUGUUGACACUUGGCUGGUAGAGCAAAUCCCCAUUGGGUUUACUGGGGAGUCCAUUGCUCUUAUUUUCUGUGUAAAAGUCAGUGCUAUUUAUAUCCUCUACGGCUAAUCCUUGAUACUGUAGACCUCAAGAAGAAAACAGUUGCAGCCCUUCACCAUCUUUUCCUUUCUUGUUGUUGUUUUGAUGUGUUAAAACAGUUUUUUUUUUUUUAAAUGAGGGACUAUAUUGUUCUGUGUUUUGAGCAGAGCAGCAAUGGGAUUUUAACGCUGAUAAAUAAAUUAUUUUGUACAGUAA